CAUUUUUCACUUUCCGCUUCCGGUUGAAACUAUUCGGCUUCGUUUUGUGCGAAUACUAUUACUAGAAUUUAUCGCUCUAAUUGAUACUAAUAGAAAUUAUGUCGGAACAUAUUGGAAAGGUUAUUUAAAUACCCAAUAAUUAGUGUAUUCAAUGCAACUUGCUAUUGCAUAAUAACGCUUGUUAUCAAAAAUAUUCAACACCCAAUGCUUUCUAAUUGAAUAAAAAAUAUAUAGCCGGUCGUGAUAAUUGCUUUAAAUGAUUAUUUUAAAAUAUCAGCUGUCUGUCUAUCUAUAUAAAACAGAUAGUAAUAGAAGGAGUAAUUCUAUAGGAAAUAUGCUUCUUACAUAAUAAAGAUAUAACUUCAAUAUAAGAAGCUUUAAAUGGUUAUUGAAUGCCAAGCAGCAAUCGCGUGGGGUCCUAAACAAGAAUUAACUAUUGAAACUGUUCAAGUUCAACCUCCAAAGGCGGGAGAAGUUCGUAUUAAGAUUCUGCAUACUGGAGUCUGUCAUACAGAUGCUUAUACUCUAGACGGGCACGAUCCCGAAGGGAUUUUCCCUGUUAUUCUUGGCCACGAAGGGGCCGGUAUUGUGGAAAGUGUUGGUGAUAAUGUAACUUCUUUCAAAGCUGGUGAUUACGUUAUCCCGCUGUACAUUCCUCAAUGCUAUGAUUGUAAAUUUUGCAAGAGUUCCAAAACCAAUCUAUGCUCGAAAAUAAGGGGUACCCAGGGUAAAGGUGUUAUGCCCGACGGUACAUCCAGAUUUACCUGCAAUGGAAAGGCUAUAUUUCAUUUUAUGGGCGUAAGUUCAUUCGCCCAAUAUACUGUCGUUGCCGAAAUUAGUUUGGCUAAGGUCAACCCAGAGGCAGCUUUGAACAGGGUUUGCCUUCUAGGUUGCGGUAUUUCUACUGGUUAUGGGGCUGCUUUAAAUACUGCAGGGGUUGAAGAGGGAUCAACUUGCGCCAUCUUUGGCUUAGGUGCCGUUGGAUUGGCUGCUGUAAUGGGUUGUAAACAAGCCAAAGCUAAACGUAUAAUCGGAAUCGACCUAAAUGAAAGCAAAUUUGAAACUGCUAAAGCAUUUGGAGCAACAGAAUUCAUUAAUCCUUCUAAGUUCGACAAGCCUAUUCAACAAGUUUUGGUUGACGAAACUGAUGGCGGAUGUGAUUAUACUUUUGAAUGCAUCGGAAACGUCAACGUAAUGCGUUCGGCUUUGGAAGCCUGUCAUAAGGGUUGGGGAGUUUCCGUCAUUAUUGGAGUUGCCCCUGCAGGAAAAGAAAUUUCUACAAGGCCGUUUCAAUUGGUUACUGGAAGGGUUUGGAAAGGUAGUGCAUUCGGAGGUUGGAAGAGUAGAGAUAGUGUUCCCAAGCUAGUUGAACAAUAUCUGAAAAAGGAGCUAAUGGUUGAUGAGUUCGUUACGCACACCUUUCCUUUGAAAGAAAUUAAUGAAUCUUUCGCAGUAAUGCACGCGGGAAAGAGUAUUCGCUCAAUAGUUGAUUUGUUCUAA